AUGAAGUUCACUGCUGCUUUCGUCGCUGCCCUUGUUGGCACCAGCUCUGCUGCCGUCACCAAGACUCUCCCCAAGAGUGCUGGUUCUACUUCUUUCCCCACUGCCGUUCCUGUCAAGGGUAGCUACGAUGGUGGCAUGAAGCGAUUCGAGCGAAGCCCUUCCGUCUGCAAGGGGCAGGAUGAGACUGGAGAGAAGGAUGCCAUGUUCAUUCUUGAGAAUGGUGCCACCCUCUCCAAUGUCAUCAUUGGUGCUUCCCAGGCCGAGGGUGUCCACUGCAAGGGAACUUGCACCCUCAACAACGUCUGGUGGGCCGAUGUCUGUGAGGAUGCUGUCACCCUCAAGCAGACCAGCGGAACCUCUUACAUCAACGGUGGUGGUGCUUUCCACGCCGAUGACAAGAUCAUCCAGUUCAACGGCCGCGGAACCGUCCACGUCAAGGACUUCUACGCCGAGGACUACGGCAAGCUCUCCCGCAGCUGCGGAAACUGCAAGGACAACGGCGGUCCCCGCAACGUCAUCGUCGAGAACUCUGUUGCCGUCGACGGCGGUGUCCUCUGCGGCAUCAACACCAACUAUGGCGACACCUGCAAGAUCAUCAACUCUUGCCAGAACAAGGGCAAGAACUGCGACCGCUACGAGGGCAACUCGAGUGGCAAGGAGCCCACCAAGAUUGGCUCUGGCCCUGAUGGCAAGUAUUGCACUGUUAGUGGCUUCACCACGAACUGCUAA